AAUCCCACCAACAAAGCUAAAUCCGAAAUAAAAAGAGAAUUUCUUCUUAGUUUUCUGCAAAACCGAACAGCUACAGCUACUUCCACUGCUGCUCUCUUCAAUUUCAUUUCAUUCCCCUAAAAAACAGCGAGAGAAUAUAAAGGGAAAAUAAAGAAAGAGAGAAGAAGAAGAGGGUUCUUCUUGUUUUCUUCUUCUUAUUUUGUUAUGGCGUUUAUAGAUGAUAGAGGAGGGAGAAAUUGAAGGAAAGAUUGUUUCCUGAGGAUCUGACAUUUGUGUCCUGCUCUACUGGGCUGCGGAAAAAUGUCUCAAACCAACUGGGAAGCUGAUAAAAUGUUGGAUGUCUAUAUUCACGAUUAUUUAGUGAAGAGGGAUUUGAAGAAGACUGCUCAGUCUUUCCAAACCGAAGGAAAAGUAUCAUCCGAUCCUGUUGCUAUCGAUGCUCCUGGUGGUUUUCUCUUCGAGUGGUGGUCUGUCUUUUGGGAUAUUUUUAUUGCCAGGACAAAUGAGAAGCAUUCUGAGGUUGCUGCAUCUUAUAUCGAGACUCAGUCAAUGAAGGUGAGGGAGCAACAGCAGCAGCAGCAGCCACCGCAGUCGCAACACCAACAUCAACAACAGCAGCAACUGCAGAUGCAGCAGCUUUUAUUGCAGAGGCAGGCUCAGCAACAGCAACAACAACAUCAGCAACAACAGCAACAACAACAGCAGCAACAGCAACAUCAGCAACAGCAACAUCAACAACAACAGCAGCAGCAGCAACAACAACAACAGCAGCAACAGCAGCAGCAACAACAACAGCAGCAGGCACAUCAGCAGCAGCAGCAGCAGCAGCAACGGCGUGAGGGUGGCCACCUUUUGAAUGGUUCGACUAAUGGGAUUGUUGGAAACGAUCCUCUAAUGAGGCAAAAUCCUGGCACUGCCAAUGCUUUGGCAACAAAGAUGUACGAAGAUAAAUUAAAGCUCCCUGUUCAGAGGGAUUCCUUGGACGAUGCAGCCUUAAAGCAAAGAUUUGGGGAUAAUGUAGGCCAGCUUUUGGAUCCUAACCAUGCUUCGAUCUUGAAGUCAGCUGCAGGAGCUGGCCAGCCGUCUGGGCAAAUGCUGCACAGUUCUGCAGGUGGAGUAUCUCCGCAAGUGCAAGCAAGAAGCCAGCAAUUUCCUGGGUCUGCACCGGAAAUCAAAACUGAAAUGAAUCCUAUGCUCAAUCAAAGAGGUGCUGGCUCUGAAGGCUCACUGAUUGGAAUCCCUGGGUCAAAUCAAGGUGGUAACAAUUUGACGUUGAAAGGAUGGCCUUUAACUGGUCUUGAUCAACUUCGUUCUGGUCUUCUCCAGCAGCCAAAGUCGUUUAUGCCGGGUCCUCAACCCUUUCAUCAACUACAGAUGCUGACACCUCAGCACCAGCAGCAGCUUAUGCUUGCACAGCAGACUCUGACUUCACCAUCCGCCAAUGAUGUAGAGAGCAGAAGGCUGAGGAUGCUACUGAAUAACCGAAGUAUGUCUAUGGGGAAAGAUGCGCUCUCUAAUUCAGUCGGAGAUGUAGUUCCUAAUAUUGGAUCCCCACUGCAAGCUGCGGUUUUGCCUCGCACAGACCCGGAGAUUUUGAUGAAGAUGAAGAUUGCACAAAUGCAACAACAGCAACAGCAGCAAAGCAAUAACCAAACGCUACAACAGCAACAUCCACAGCACAGUCUCUCGGGUCAGCAACCUCAGAGUUCUAAUCACAAUCUCCAGCAAGACAAAAUUAUGGGUGGCGGAAGUGUUACGGGUGAUGGUAGCAUGUCGAAUUCAUUCAGAGGGAAUGAUCAGGCUUCUAAAAACCAGACUGGAAGAAAACGAAAGCAGCCUGUGUCGUCUUCUGGACCUGCUAAUAGCUCAGGAACUGCAAACACGGCUGGUCCUUCUCCUAGUUCAGCUCCGUCGACGCCCUCUACUCAUACACCUGGGGAUGUGAUGUCAAUGCCUAAUAUGCCACACAACGGUAGUUCUUCGAAGCCUAUGAUGAUGUUUGGAUCUGAUAACACUGGUACCCUAACAUCACCAUCGAACCAGUUGUGGGACGAUAAAGAUCUCGGGCAAGCUGACAUGGAUCGUUUCGUGGAUGAUGUUGAAGACAAUGUAGAGUCUUUUUUAUCCCAUGACGAUGCCGACCCACGAGAUGCAGUUGGCCGUGGUAUGGAUGUUGGCAAAGGAUUUACAUUUGCUGAGGUCAGCUCUGUUCGUGCUAGUACAAGUAAAGUCGUGUGUUGCCACUUCUCAUCAGACGGGAAGUUACUUGCCAGUGGUGGUCAUGAUAAGAAGGCUGUUUUAUGGUUCACGGACACUUUGAAGCCAAAAACUACACUCGAGGAACACACUUCGCUUAUUACUGAUGUGCGCUUCAGCCCUAGCAUGGCCCGCCUCGCCACAUCAUCAUUCGACAAGACUGUCCGUGUCUGGGAUGUGGAAAAUCCUUCGUACUCUCUUCGGACCUUUACAGGGCAUUCAUCUGGUGUAAUGUCAUUGGACUUCCACCCGAACAAAGAAGAUCUCAUAUGCUCCUGCGAUGGUGAUGGCGAAAUAAGAUACUGGAGUAUCAAUAAUGGUAGCUGUGCACGAGUUUUCAAGGGUGGAACUUCCCAAGUAAGAUUCCAGCCCCGACUUGGACGGUAUCUUGCAGCCGCCGCUGAAAAUGUCGUGUCAAUACUGGAUGCAGAGACACAGGCCUGCCGGCAUUCAUUGAAGGGCCACACGAAACCUAUCCAUUCAGUCUGCUGGGACCCAUCAGGAGAACUCCUGGCAUCCGUAAGUGAGGAUUCCGUGAGGGUCUGGUCGAUGAGAUCCGGGAAAGAAGGGGAGUGUGCGCACGAGCUUAGCUGCAACGGCAACAAGUUCCACUCUUGCGUUUUCCAUCCCACCUACUCCUCGUUGCUCGUCAUUGGCUGUUAUCAGUCUCUAGAGCUAUGGAACAUGACUGAGAACAAGACGAUGACCCUCUCCGCCCACGAUGGGUUGAUCGCGUCGUUGGCCGUCUCCUCGGUGGCAGGCGUGGUUGCAUCGGCCAGCCACGACAAGAUUGUGAAGCUGUGGAAGUGAGAACCAGAAAUGCUUAGCUUUUGUGGAUGGAUGUAUUUUGUCUGAUUUUGUGAUUUUAUUUUGAAUUUUCUUUUCUUUUCUUGAUAGGUUGUUAUGGGAAACAAACUUGGUAGGUUUAGAACUAACUGUUAAUUUGUUAUGUUGCUUUUGCUACUCA